UUAUGAAUAGAGUAUACAUUCCAUCAGAGCUAUUUGUUUGAUAAUGCGAAAAACACAAUAUUCUUCUCUGUAUUUCCACAACGGCAAACACGGAAAAAAUAAAAAGUAUGUUCCCGACGCAUCCAUUUUUAUUAUAAAUGUUUUGCUGUAGUUCGUGUGACCCCUGAAAAUGCGUAAAAAUGGGUCUUAUACAAGAUGAAUCACGCCACACAUUGUGGCACUAUACGCGUGGUGUUAAAUUCUUCACAUAGUAUCGGGCAUAGUUGAAAUGAAUUGCGCGUAUUUUUUACUCGGAGUUGUCAUAGGAUUUUGUCUGCAGAACAUUAGCUUUGGAGCGGUAGAACCUAGGCGAUAUGAUGGGUAUCGCGUUGUCACAAUUGAACCACAGAAAGACUCUUUUGAGAAGAUUGAUGCUCUAUUAGCUUCAUAUCAGGUCGAUACUAAUUUGAUUCAACAUCUGGAUAUAUGGAGGCGUCCAUCCGUUGUCAAGGCAAGUUAUGACGUGUUGAUCGCACCAGAAAUAUGGGAUGUGAUGACGACAGCAUUUGACAAAGCGGGUGCUAAAUACGUCAUUACCAUAGGAAAUGUACAACAGCUGAUUGAAAAGGAAAGAUUCAGGCGUACACCAAGACGUGUCAGACGUCAACCGCGAAGAUUUUCAUUACACAGAUACCACACUUUAGAUGAGAUAAGAAGAUGGAUGUAUCAUUUUUCAAGGGCUAACAGAGACAUCGUGAAAAGAGUGCAAGUAGGAAUAUCUUACCAGGGGAGAAGAAUAUUUGCUUUAAAAAUUGGGGUCCCUUCCGCAAACGUAACAAAACGCAUUAUCUGGCAAGAUGCUUGUAUUCAUGCAAGAGAGUGGGUAACUGGAGCUACAUUGAUUUGGUUGUCGAGAAAACUUGUCAAAGGAUACAGAGAAGGAAACUCAGACAUUGAUCGUUAUUUGACUGAAUUCGAUUGGUAUAUAUUACCGAUUUGGAAUGUUGAUGGCUACUUGUACACCUGGACAAAGGAUAGAAUGUGGAGAAAAUCAAGAAGUGAAGCAGGAUCUUACGGAUGUUAUGGUGUUGAUUUAAACAGAAAUUUCGAAACACCUAAUAGGGGAGCCGGUACAGCCAGUGACAAUCCAUGCUCAGAAGUUUACCAUGGUCCGAAAGCUUUUUCUGAGUUGGAGUCAUCUUCAGUUCAAAAGUUCAUGCUGAAGAAGCGAUCCCAUCUUGCUGCUGUUAUGACAUUACAUUCAUAUGCUCAAUAUUGGCUUUAUCCAUAUGGAUAUACCAGUGAACAUAGUCCCGACAAUGAUGAAUUGGAAAGAAUAUCAAGCGAAGCAGUGAAAGCGAUGCAUAAGAAGCACAACGCAGUUUACAAACAUGGAACAGUGUCAGAUAUAGCAUACCAAGUAUCCGGGGGCUCGAUCGACUGGUCAUAUCGUGAACUCUGCGUAAAAUACACCUUUGGAGUUGAAUUGCGUGAUACUGGAAAACACGGAUUUCUUUUACCACCUCGUUACAUCAUUCCUACUGCAGAAGAAUAUUAUGAAGGCCUUGAGGUUGUUGUUCGUCAACUCUUGCAAGAAUCUCGCGAAAAUGAAAGAAGUUCGUUUUGCACCCAACGUCGUGGAAGGGCCUGAAUGAGGAAUAUAGUUUUUUGAAUAUUUAUGAACUCGGUGAUUAUAUAACUGGGUUUUUUGUUAUUUGUAAAUAAAAUACUCAAAUACCGAGCACGUUUUUAUGAAAACAAAUAUAUAUUCGUUUGAGAAUAUUUCUUUCUAAUAAACAUGCCGUGUAUUGAGGUAGAUGUGAUUUAAAUAAACCUGUUGCUGAAGAGUAGUAACACCAUCAAAUAUUUAUUGUAAACUGCAUUUUGAUGUGAGAAAUCAGUGUCCUACUAUUUGUAUUGGUUUUAAACGAAAGUUUUAACAAUUGUUGUAAUUAUCAGCCAAUUAUAACCAAUAAAAAUGACCGAUAUGCUGAUUUUCUAAUACUCAAAAAUAUUUGAUGUAUUUACUACCAUUCAAGUCACGUUAGUUACAUUCACUUACAAAUCCCUUUCCAAUGUUAGACUUGAAAAUGUUAAUAGCUAGAUUCAUCAAUCUUACAUAAUUGGCAGAUCGAAAUAUUGCCUACAUUUGUAUCCGAAAAUUGUACCGUUUGAAAUUAAAAAACGAAAAUACUUGCACGACUUUCAUUUGCUAUAUAACGACUGUACGGUACGGUUCUGAUUACGUUAUAUACUAAAUCGGCAAAUUCAUAUGCCUGAGUAAGCUGUAUUGUAAUUGUACUUUUUUUUUUACUUCAGAGCAGUUUCUAUCUUGUCAAACGGGUCAUCUAUGGCUGCGGAAUGAACUGGGUGUUUAAACUUAUUGAUUUCACUAAAUUUUCUUCCAUGUUGUGAAUUGUGAUAUAGUUCAGUUAUAUCCGCGCGUCAUAUAUAUUUUUCUUCAGUUCCUAGGAAACUUUUAAUUGAAUUUUGUACAAAGACGUUGAAAGUAAACAAUUGUUGGAUUUGUAAGUUAUGUUAUUGUGUAUGUGUGAUGUGCAUAUAUGUACUUGUUUUGAGUUUUCCGUCAAAACAUGACCUGUGUUAUGUGUAGGCGGCUUUGUCUUAAAAUAUACCUUGACUAUUUCUCCUACUACUAAUGAACAGGUCGAACAAAAAUAAAAAGACGAAUAUAU